GAACUCCUUAAAUCCUUUCUUCGGGAUCGGUGCGUUAGAGCAACUUCGCGCUCAGCCAGUUGGGCCCUGGCGGAGAGGCAGAGGUGGGUCGCUUUGGCCCGCAGAACCGUCGGCUCCCUGGCCUCCUCCUGCGCCUGAGCUUGUCAUGGCCCAGCAGAGAGCCCUGCCCCAGAGCAAGGAGACGCUGCUGCAGUCCUACAACAAGCGGCUGAAGGACGACAUCAAAUCCAUCAUGGACAACUUCACUGAGAUCAUCAAGACCGCCAAGAUCGAGGAUGAGACGCAGGUGUCACGGGCCACUCAGGGCGAACAGGACAACUAUGAGAUGUAUGUGCGGGCUGCCAACAUCGUCCGAGCAGGCGAGUCCCUGAUGAAGCUGGUGUCCGACCUCAAGCAGUUCCUGAUCCUCAACGACUUCCCAUCAGUGAACGAGGCCGUUGACCAGCGCAACCAGCAGCUGCGCGCCCUGCAGGAGGAGUGCGACCGCAAGCUCAUCACCCUGCGGGACGAGGUCUCCAUCGACCUGUACGAGCUGGAGGAGGAGUAUUACUCGUCCAGCUCAAGUCUUUGUGAAGCUAAUGACUUGCCUCUGUGCGAAGCUUACUGGAGGCUGGACCUGGACACAGACUCUGCUGACGGCCUCUCAGCCCCUCUGCUGGCAUCCCCAGAGCCUGGCACUGGCCCCCUGCAGGUUGCGACCCCUGCCCACUCCCUUGCUGGUGGCUCCGGCCCCACAGAGCAUACCUGAGCUACCUGGGAUGCCCUCCCUGUGCCUCUCAUUUAUCAGGAACAAAGUCCAGCCCCCCAACCCCUGUGCCCUAUGCAGCCUCACUUCUUAGAGACCCCGUGACCCAGGAGCUACUGUGACCGCCUUGGGAAGGUGGCCUGGCCAGACUUUGCCUCCCAGGACGCUGGGGAGAGCUCAUCUCCAGCUGCUGCCUUCCAGGCCAGCCAGGUGGGAGGAAGUUGAGGGCCUCGACUGGGCUGGGAGGACAACUGACAGCAGAAGGCACCUACAUUAAAACUGGGGGCCACCCGAAGUGCAUGGCGUGGCCAAGCCCAGCCUCCCGUCCUUGGGCCACAGUGCCUGUGCAGAGCCCUACCACUGCCUUUUGCCCUGGCACGCACAUCUGUGCCAUGGGCUGCAUGCCCGACGGGCUUGUCUGGGGGCUUCCCAUAUCCUGCUGCCAUGUCUGUUCUGACACUUUUGGAAUGAGACCGAAUAAAAUGGCCACUCUUUCAUGCUGCUUCCUCAUCCUCAUCCCUGGCCAGCCCGGGACCACCUUUGGGCACCCAGCCACACCUGAGCACCACUUCUUCACUGCCUGGGUGGCCUUGGGAUACAGACUGGGCCACUCCCACUGGCGCCCAGCAGGUCUCCAUGUUUGGUGAAUGAAUGAAAAAACUGCAUUUCACAGGGGAGCAGAUGUGGGCUUGGAAUGGGAGGUGCACCCAUGCCACAGGGCGGGAAGUGAAGUGGCAGAAACAGGUUUUUACCCUGGAGGAAGUCAGACCUAGGAUUGUACCAGGCUCACUGCAGAAACUGGGGGUGGGGUGUUAGACCAGGAGAGGUGGGCAUUCAGCACUGCCCAACUGCCAUCCACACACCCUGUCUCCUUCCCGAGAGGGAAGAGGGCGACCACCGUCCCCGGUGUUGGCAGCCUAAGUAACAGGCUGUCACCUGGGGCCCAAGCCCUACAGCUCAGCAGAAGUUAGCAGACAGGAGGAACUUGGCAUCUGGCCCUGGAGUAUAGGUCACAUGGAGGGAGAGUUUCAAUGGGAAGAUGUUGGGUGGUCUCCUGUAGCAUUUUAAUUGUGGGAUGGGCCUGUACUGAGUCAUUAAGGAAGAAAAAGCACUUACAAGCGGAUGGAAG